CAGCAGUAGAGGAUGGUGCUUUGAGGUCUACUCCACCAUGCAGUCCACCAUGAAUUUCAAUGGACUUCAACGCCAGGGCGCUCAAGAGAUUGUGGAUAACACUCACAGGAAGAAAAGUUCUCUUUGGUCCCGACGUUCACUGAGGGGGAACAACGAUCGACACCGGCAGAAAAGCUCACUGUCCCAAUUCUGCAAGCCCAAACGGUCCAACUCACUGGUCGAUUACUCCGACCCACAAAGGACAACAAUUGUACUGGAAAAGCAAGACAAUGAAACAUUUGGGUUUGAAAUUCAGACGUACGGCCUGCAGCUGAAGAACAUCUCUGGAGUGGAAAUGUGCACUUUUGUGAGCAACGUGCAGACGGACAGUGCUGCAGAGACUGCAGGCCUGACCGCAGGCGAUGUGAUCGUCACCAUCAACGGGGUCAGCAUCGAAGGCUCGUCUCACCAGGACAUACUUGCUCUGAUAAGAGAAUCAAGCAACAGUCUGAAGAUGGAGACUGUAUGUGGGAACGUGGUGAAGCAAAUAGAGCUGGAGAAGAGGAUGAACCUGCUCAAGCAAUCACUUCGUGAGAAACUAGUGGAGUUGCAAGCACUCACAUUACAGGAAAAAGGCCUGAUGCGAGGUAACUUGAACGACAGCAGCUUCCACCUCUCCAUGGACUCCACAUUGAGCUCCCCCAUAGGCCGCACACAUAGCCGGCGUUUUUCCAGUGACAGUAGUUACAGGAGUGCUGCGACUGAUGACAGUGACCAGGCCAGCGUGUUUGGGGACUUGUGCUCCCCCAGCAGUGCAGCCAGCACCUUAGACGACAGCUGCUUCUUCUCCAGAGAUUUCGUCUCGAAGGACAUCUCCAGCAGGUUCUCCCUGAGCUCCGACCACCAUCACCAACAUUCCAUAGGCCGCUCCAGCAGCUCCAGCUUCGCCGGCAGCAGCAGCUCCCUCUCUCCCUCGUGGGAGGAUAUGAAGAUCUCCUCCUUGUUUGGGACCCUGCCUAGGAAAAGCCGGCGAGGCAGCGUUCGCAAACACAUCCUCAGAUUGAUUCCUGGACUCCACCGAUCGGUUGAGGAGGAGGAGACAAACACUCAGUGACUCGUUCACAUGCUCCUCGUCUCCUCUUGAUACUAACAAGGUUUUUCAUGCUGUGAGACUUUGCAGUGAAGUGUUGAACUUAAAAAUCAUAAGCGUUUGCUUUAAUGCAGACAGACAUUGUGAAGUCACCUGAACUUUAGAGGUGAGCCUGAAACAAAAGCAUUAUAAAAACUGUGAAGUGUUUGAAUUAACGUAUGCAUCAGACUGUAAUGUCUAAAAGAAGAAAUGAUUUACCCAUACAACCUCAAUAAGCAUUCAGUACAGCACAAAACUCUGCCAAGGCCAACAGUCCACUUUAAUUCCAUCAAGCUGCA